AGGAAGAACAAUUCAAAAAAUCCUUCAAUGGCUCUCUCCAACCCCCCUUGCAAUGUUGUGGAUGAUAUGAUUUUAAGUAUGAUGAUCAAAUACCAGACAGGAUUAGGAAAAUCCAUUUUCAUGUUCAGACUCAUAUGUUACCGCUCGGAUUUGCAUCAUUGGAGUUCUUCCGGCUCAGCCAUUCAUGGAGCAUUUUGGUCCGAAACUCGAAUCUACAGUAGCAUUAGCGAGUUUCGUCGUUCUCCUAUGCCGUUUAAAAAUUGUAUGGCAGAGUGGGGAAAGCUAUUUCAGAAUGGGAAUGAAACCUAAAGCAGCCGCAAUUCUAAUGGCUGCCAGAAGGACAUGUGGAAACUUCGGAGAAGGUAUGAAAACGAAGCAUAUGGCGUUUACGAGUGAAGGCUCAUUGAAUUUUACGAACAGUAGCACAAUUAUUUUAUUAGGUCAAUGGAGCGCACCGAAUUCGGUGGCAUCUUCAUUCCAUGUAUAUUACGUAGAUCUUCGAUUGCAACGCCAUUGCAUCUGAGCUUUGAGAUCGAAUGGAUUCGUCUUCUCUGCCUAAACUUAUCAAAGAAAUCAGUCGAUGGACUUACACAGGCCGUUUCUCCCAUUCCCAAAUCGAAACCCUAUUGAAUUACUUCCUGCAAGUCGGGGUUGACUCUGCCUUCGUCUCCAGGCUUUACACGAAACUAGGUCUGCCCCAUGGCUGCUGCGACGGAUUUGAGCCUCGGAAUUACGACAACUUCGAAGAAACGGUUAUGGGCGUCUUGCAGGACCUUGGGGAUUGGUUCAAAGUGCCAAAGGUUCAGCAGCUUUCUCGAAUGGAGAAAAUCCCCCACAGGAAUGAACUUAUUGCAGGUUUCAUCAGUUUUCUCCUUCAACUAGCUGAUACUCCUCAUCAAAACUCCCCGAUUUUGAAUGCUUCCGUUUUGGAGGAGCUGAGGUUUCUGAUCGUGAUUCUCGGGGACAGACCAUUUCAAGCCAUGGAGUAUAAGCAGGUGCAGAAAAUCCUUGCGGAAUUCGAAAAAGUGGGUAAUGAAGCUGGUAUGUUAGUUCACUCUCUUAUUUUCAGUAAUCAUUCACCGACGCAUUCUAUGAAUGAUCACGCCAUUAGUGUUCUUACUGAGCAUAUAAAUCUCUUGAAGGUCAAAAUAAUCGAUUUCUUGUAUCUUGCGACGAACGUCGUGAUCUGGCCAAAGAAUGGUUUGGUAUUAGGUUCUCGUGUUAAACAUUUUCGCCAUUUGAAAACCAAGAUUCUCAAGUUCUUGAAAAUUACACCGCGUGCUAUAGUUUUCCCAAAGACAAAUAGCACUGUAGAUUAUCUGUCCAUUGUUGAUUCACUCCUCUAUGAUGUCGACUAUAUAAUGGGUGGUGUUGCUGAUCGAAUUGCUGAGAUUAAUGGUCAGCUUAAACUGCUCCGUCGAUGGCUGAUGCGUCUGCAGCAUUUGGUCAAGGGAGCUAAGGUGUCUCAAUUAUCUGAUGACUUUAUGCAGAUUAUCGAUGUGGCUUACGAAUCUGAAUAUUUGAUCAGCUCUUUUGUUGUUGGAGAUGCUCCUCUUUGGUACCUUGCCAUCAGGUUGGCUCAUAUCAAUGCCAAGAAAAACAAGCUCGAUCGAGUUAUGCUACGGCUGAUGAAUAAAAAUUCAGAUGUUGGCGAUUCGAGAGCUGCAGAGGAUUUCAUUGCACAGCCGCAUCCAACUAGAAGAGAUUCUGCAGACGAUGUAAUGGUUGGUUUUGAGGAUCUGGAAAGGGAUAUUUUGGACCAGUUGGUAGCAGGAGGGGAACAAUGUCAGUUUAUUUCCAUCAUUGGUAUGCCUGGAAUUGGUAAGACUACUUUGGCGAAGAAGUUGUAUACACAUCAGUUGGUUAGUCACCACUUCGACAAAAGCUUGUGGUGCGUAAUCUCACAAGUGUAUAAUUUGAAAAACCUAUUGAUCACCAUUUUGAUGAGCUUAAGAAGUGAGAGGGAUGAUGAUGAACUCGCGAAGAUGGAUGAGGAAAGUCUUGCCCUGCAAAUGUACAAAAUUUUGAAGGAUAGGCGAUACUUAAUAGUAAUGGACGAUAUAUGGAGCUCAAAUGUGUGGGACGACCUUCAUAGAUAUUUCCCGGAUGAUAAAAAUGGGAGCCGGAUAAUAUUCACUAGUCGGAACAAGGAUGUGGCGCUUCCAGGUAGCAUCAUUCAUGAGAUACCCCUCUUGUCUGAUGAUAAGUGUUGGAAACUAUUGAAAAUGAAGGUUUUCGGAGACAACCCUUGCCCUCCACAGUUGGAAGACAUUGGGAAGAAAAUUACAGCAAAAUGCUAUGGAUUGCCACUAGCCGUAGUUGUUAUAUCCGGUAUUCUUUCGACUGUAGAGAAUGAAGAAGGCACAUGGAAAAAUAUUGGAGAAAGUUUGGACCCUUAUUUAUUUUCGGAACAAAGCAACUCAGUGAUGCGAAUAUUGGAACUUAGUUACAAACAGCUACCAACGUAUCUGAAACCGUGUUUUCUUUAUUUUGGAGUAUUUCAAGAAGAUGCAGAGAUCCCUGUUAAGAAGUUGAAACAGCUCUGGAUUGCCGAAGGAUUCGUACAGGAAGAAGACAACACGAGAUCAGAUAGUGUUGCGGAAGAAUAUUUGAAGGAACUGAUUGCUAAAAGUCUUGUACUAAUUGUCAAACGACGAUCAAAUGGUGGCGCCAAAGCUUGCGCUAUUCAUGACUUAUUGCGGGAUUUAUGCCUCAGAAUAUCCGAGAAGGAAAAUUUUGCGAAACUAGUAGAUCAUGACUGCUCAAUAUGGAACCAGAAAUUCCAUCAUCUGUCCGUUCAAAUGAAUCAGUCAUAUUUUGCUUUGCCUUGUCAUUUGGCGCCGUAUAGCGCACGCGUUCGUAGUUUUUCAUGCUGUGGUUCGGAGAGAUCGUUCUCGCUCCUCAACAUGAGAUCGUUAAGAGUUUUACAUUUUCAGCAGCAAUACUCUAAUCAUGAUUAUUCAGGAAUUCAAAAUUUGGUUCACUUGAGAUACAUGGCUAUAAACAGUAUUCCUUCUGGUUUACAUCUUCUCAUGAAUCUCGAAUUUCUUACAGUGAACAACAGAAUUAUCUUGUACACACCGUUACUGCAGAUGGCGAAGCUGCGGUACCUCUCCUCUGAAAGUGCCUUUUUUCCUGCUGAAGGUCGUAGUACCGAAGAGUCAAGUAAACUGGAAUUUCUUUCCGAGAUUCUGAUAAGUAAGGAAGAAGAUGAAGAGAUGAUGAAAUGUUUCCCCCUUCUCCGCAAACUGAAGUGUAUGUAUAAAAUGUUUGAGCGACGCAAUGGGGAAUAUGCAUUUCUUGAUCUCCACUUCCUCGACCUCCUGGAGUCACUGACAGUGACGGUCUCCCGUUGGGACUCUGGGUUAUCUUCGAUUAGUAUCCCCUUUAGCAUAAAAAAGCUGAAUCUAUGCAACCUGCAGCUGCCCUGGGAGAGUAUAUCGAUCAUUGGGUUGUUGCCGAAUCUUGUGGUUCUCAAAUUAAGAUAUCAAGCCUUUCAGGGAGAGAUUUGGAGCACGAACGACGAUGAGUUCAAGCAGCUUAGAUACUUGAAGUUGGAAUGGCUGGAUCUCAACCAAUGGGACGUCUCCUCGAGCGAUCAUUUCCCUAGGCUUCAACGGCUUGUCUUGCAUGAUUGCUGCGAUCUAGAAAUGAUCCCUUCUGAGAUUGGCGGGAUUGCGACGUUGGAGCUGAUUGAGGUGCGUGGGAAGUGUCGUAAGUCAGUUGAAGAGUCUGUGAUGCAAAUUCAGCAAGAACAAUUGGAUAUGGGAGACGAAAACCUCAGGGUGGAUAUUCAGCUUGACGACAACGAUGUUUCAUCUGAUGAAGAUAGUUCCCCGGCAUCCAGCCCAUGAAUUUGUUUUAAUCUGGUAACUCUUCGACUCCUUAUUUUCGCCCAAUUUACAUGCUUUUGCUUGCAUCGAACAUGGAGCUCCCAUACCUACCUGAACUUAAUCUGUGUAUUGUAAUGUCGAUGAAUGCCGGGAUCAUUGAGAGUUGAUGAUAUGAUCAUUUUGGUUGACUCUCGUAUCUGUUUUCGGUUAAUUGGUAGAUAUUGAAGUGUUCUUGCAUUGCAACAAUUUAGACAUCUUCCAACUAACUUGUAGCUACCCUUUUAUUUAGGCAACGUGUGGUUGCAAUUACAAGUAGACUGCCUUCCCUCUGAUCAUUACAAUGUCGAUUGCAGAUUUCGAUUAUCCUAAGCUUGAUAAAUAUAGAAUGAGAUUCUAAGAUUGGUUUUACAGUUUACCACAAAUGGAAAUGGUGGCCUUCGUCCUCAAAAGCCACCGCUCCUUUUCUCUCAUCCUAAAUUCAUCGUAUCUCCCUGCAAGAAAUCUGCAUCCUGUUUGUCUUGAUUGCAGAUCUGUUGCCAUGCUGCAUCCCGUCUGCUCCGAUUUCUGAUUCCAGGGCGCGAGACCAACAUGGAUCUUUUCCUGAGAGCGAGCACGGUCCGGCUCAUCAGCUACCGCGACAAGAACCUGGUGGCGGAGGACAACCACGCGACGAUCAGCCAAGGCAGCGAUGGAUCCGCGAAAAACGCGAUAUGGAGCGUCGAGAUCAUCGAUGGAAAAGAUUGCAUCCGACUCAAGAGCUGCUUCGGCACGUACCUGACGGCGACAAGCAUGGCGUUCAUGCCGGGGGGUUUGUCGGGGAAGAAGGUGAUCCAGCGGUGGCCGUCUCAGAGCAACUCUGCGUCGGAAUGGGAGCCGGUGCGGGACGGGAUGCAGGUGCGGCUGAGGUCUCUGUGGGGCUGCUUCCUCCGCCCCCACUCCGGCCUCCCGCCGUGGAGAAACUCCAUCACGCACGACGUCCCGUGCACCGCGAAGAUGCGUGAGAAGGUCCUGUGGAACGUCGAGGUCGUCGAAAAGUGCCCCGACCGUGGUAUUUGGCGGGGCGGUUAUCCAGCGACGGCGGCGGCCGGCGGCGGUCAGCAGAACGGCAGGGAAUGUAGCUUGAAGGAAGUGAUGCUGAAGGAAAGGAUGCAAAGCGUCUCUGAUGUACGGUGGCUGUGGUACAGAAAGAUGUUCUCGCCAUUCUCCGGAUGAUCUAAUUAAUGUGUCUGAUAUAUAAACCACCUUGAUAUAUCAGAACUUAAUGCUAAACACUGCGAUACUAUAAACAACACAUAAUAUAUAUAUAUAUAUAUGUAAUAUAAAGUCAGCUCUAAAAAGUCAAACUGCAAUUCCUCCUUCAAGCUUCCAAUCCAAAACUCAAAUCAU